AUGCGGCAGCCAUUCCACGGGAACGGCGCCAAAGACGGCAUGCUAUAUAUGAGCGGCGUGGAAGCAGAGUUGGAUGGAGCAUACGAGUCCGAAAAGAUAGCAUUGGUGCAAGGAACGGACGCCCCUCGCCGCUGCUGUAAGCAAAGGUCGCGACUGCGUGUAGCCAAGAAGAUCGGCGCGAUUGGCUGUGUCGGCCUUCUUGCGUAUGCUUUCCUCCAGGGCUUCUAUGGUACACCAGAUGGUCACAACGACCCCCCGGCCGCAAACCCUGAGUCAUCCCAACCCAUUUGCCAGACACCCGAGUGCGUUCACGCAGCCUCGGAGAUCUUGUACAACCUUGACCCGAACUACAAGGACAUUGAUCCCUGCACCGAUUUUGAUCAAUUUGUCUGUGGAGGAUGGCGGGAGCGUCAUGACAUGCGAGCCGACCAGGGCUCCAUCUUUGCCGGAACCAUCAUGGCGGAGAACUCUCAGACUAGACUGCGCCACAUCCUGGAGCGUGCUGAGGCUCCUGAGAAGCAAGACGUGGAGAACUUUGGGAAACUAAAGGCUGGCUACGAAGCGUGCUUGGACGAGUCCGCAAUCAGAGAGCGUGGUAUCAAGCCUCUUUCUGACCUCCUGGCCAAACUGCACGCGGUUUAUUCCCUGAAUAACGCCAAGGCUCAGACUUCCAAAGAUGACCUGACCGAUGCAAUCAUUUUCCUGAUGAAGUCUGGCACGGAGGCCCUGGUCUCUUCUGGUGUUUCUCCCGACGAUCGCGACCCGGACAAUGUGACUAUUUUUGUGUCACCGCCUCGAAGGAUCGGCCUCCCUGCCCGGGAAUACUAUAAUAACACUGAAAUGGUGGCUGACUACACCGACGUCUUAAAACAAGUCCUCAAGGGUUUCGGCGGCGAUGACAAGAUCGCCCAAGAAAUUGUUGGUCUUGAGAGAAAGCUUGCCGAUGCCACCCCAGACACUGCCACACAAGAAGAUGUCACCAAAUACUACAAUCCACGUAGCAUUGAGGAGACCGAAUCUAUGCUUCCAGAGAUUUCCUUCAAGAGUAUUAUCAACAAGUUCGCCCCUCGUGACUACAAGGGUGACCGCUUGAUUGUCGGAUCUCCAUCUUAUAUGAAGGAGCUGUCCACGAUUCUGCACGACACUUCUCGCGAGACUGUGUCUUUCUUCCUGCAGUGGAAGCUCAUUCAGGCCUACUCGGACUCCAUUGAAGACGAGAAGAUUACCCCGCUUCGCCGCUUCAACAACAAGCUGGCAGGAAAAGACCCCCAGUCAACCGAAGAAAGAUGGCGAAAGUGCCUCAGACAGCUAGAUCAGGGCCUCGGAUGGAGUCUCAGUCGCUUUUACGUCCUGGACUCUUUCUCCGAAGCGUCAAAGAAACUAGGCGAUCAAAUCAUCUCCGACAUCAAGGAGAGGUUUGCAUUCACGCUCAACGAGACUCCGUGGAUGUCACCAGACGUACGAAAGCUGGGCAUCCAGAAAGUGGAGAACAUUGUGCAGAAGAUUGGCUACUCGAGCAAGAGCCCCAACGUCUUAGAUGCCGGCGACGUGCAGAAGUACUACGACACAUUGGAAGUUUCCAGCCAGAAAUUCUUUGAAAAUGAACUUGCCGUGGCUCAGUUUGAUCUGGAGAGGGAAUGGUCCAAACUAGGACAACCAACUAACCGCGAUGAAUGGGAGAUGACUGCACCUACAGUGAAUGCUUACUAUAACCCUCCCGGUAAUGAAAUUGUGUUCCCCGCAGGCAUCAUGCAACCUCCGGCGUUCUACGGCCCUGCUGCGCCUCUGUACCUGGCCUACGGUGCCUUUGGCGCUGUUAGUGGCCACGAGCUUUCUCAUGCUUUCGAUUCGACGGGUCGACACUACGACGAGAUUGGCAAUUACACGAACUGGUGGGAUGACGAGACCGUCAAAGCCUUUGAAGAUCGGGCCCAAUGUUUCGUGGACCAAUACUCGGCCUUUACAGUCGACGGGCCGGGAGACAAGGUGCUUCACGUGAAUGGCCGACUGACCCUGGGUGAGAACAUUGCCGAUGCUGGCGGUCUCACGGCCUCCUACCAUGCGUGGAAGAAGCGUGACGGCUCACAGCCGGACCCUCGUCUUCCGGGAUUGGAAAACUUCAGCAAGGAGCAGUUGUUCUUCAUCUCCUACGGGAACUGGUGGUGUGGCAAGACCACCAAGGAAGCGGCCGAGCAGGCGAUCUACAACGACCCGCAUGCGCCCAAGUCGGCACGCAUCAUUGAAACCAUGGCGAACUCGCGCGAGUUCAAAGAUGCUUUUAGCUGUCCGAACAGGAAGCCCGUCUGCAAGCUUUGGUAG